CAGUGAUGCCACCCCGGGCACAGGACACCUCUCCCUCUUCCAAUACCUUCGAUAUCUUCCUUCACAAUGGCCUCCAUCGUUCCCCAGGACAAACGCCAGCUGCGCGCCUGCCUCAUCUGCGGCCUUCGUCAAAAACCAGCACAUGUUCCGCGACCGCGGCUGCGACAACUGCGAAACCUACAUCAAAAUGCGCGGCCACCCCGACACGGUAACCGACUGCACCAGCAGCACAUUCGACGGCUGCGUCGCCCUCUUCAAGCCCGACGCCAGCUGGGUCGCAAAGUUCUCGCACAUCAACAGCUUUGUCCCUGGGGUCUACGCCGCCCAUGUCACGGGCCGCAUCCCCGAGUACAUUGAAGACAAACUGGCCCAGCGCGGAUUCACAUACCACCCGCGCGACGGCUCCGCUGAGGACUAGUCUCAACACCGCUAUAAUCUCCCAAUAUAUCGCUUUUAUUCAAAAGAGGCACGCUUGCACGUACCUGUGCCCGG